AGCAAUGUGAUCCGUUAGAAGAAACUUUGAGGACAGCAACGAGCGCCUAAGCAGGCCCAGUGACUCUGCAUUGUUCUAAAGAAGUAGACGUCUUUGAUAUUUGCCAAGUCAGUUCUUCAGGGAUUGGGGGACCGUUGGGGGACCAUUUGUUGGUAUCCCUAAAGACCAGUAGUGUUUUUGUUUUUCCACUGUGCAAUGAGUAUCUCUCUGGGGUAUUCACAUUCCACAAAUCAAGACAGCACCAUGGACAGCUUGGAGAAACAGCUCAUUUGCCCUAUCUGUUUGGAGAUGUUUACCAAACCGGUGGUCAUUCUCCCUUGUCAACACAAUCUUUGUCGAAAAUGUGCCCAAGAUAUUUUCCAGGCCUCAAACCCUUAUCUAUCAACCAGAGGAACCACGGUGACUUCAGGGGGGCGUUUCCGCUGCCCGUCCUGCAGACAUGAGGUGGUCCUGGACAGGCAUGGUGUCUAUGGCCUCCAGAGGAACCUGCUGGUGGAGAAUAUAAUUGAUAUGUACAAACAGGAACAGGAGUCCUCAAGCAGCAAGCCUGAGCCUGAGCCUGCCAAGUGUGACCAGCCCAUGUGUGAGGAGCAUGAGGAUGAGAAGAUCAACAUCUACUGUGUGACGUGUGGCGUGCCCACCUGCUCUCUUUGUAAGGUGUUCGGAGCCCACAAAGACUGUGAUGUGGCACCACUCAACACAGUGUUCAAUAAGCAAAAGACUGAGUUGACUGACUGUAUAGCCAUGCUAGUGGGGAACAAUGACAGGAUUCAAGGCAUUAUGAGUCAACUGGAUGAGACCUGUAAGACCGUUGAGGAGAAUGGCAGGAGGCAGAAAUCCAAGGUGUGUGAAAGUUUUGAUCACCUUUAUGCCAUCCUGGAGGAGAAGAAAGGGGACAUGACCCUGAAAAUCAACGCAGAGCAACAGGAGAAACUGGACUAUAUAAACGGCCUCAUGGGGAAGUAUAGAGAGCACCUGGAGAACAUGGCAAAGAUCGUGGAGACAGGGAUACAGACAAUGGAGGAGUCAGAGAUGGCUACUUUCCUGCAGACUGCAAAGCCUCUUCUACAAAAGCUCCUUGCAGGCACUAUCAUCUCCCACCUGGACAAAGUGGAGCGGGGCUAUGACAACAUGGAUCACUACACAGCCAACUUUGAGCGGGAGAGGAGGUCACUGCUCACCAUAGACUUUGUGAAAGAUGAUGAAGAUGAUGAUGAUGAGUUUGAAGAUGGAGAAGAGGAAGUAGAAGUUAGUGGGGUGACAGGGGUGACCCGUACAGAGGUCUCUCCUGCUGCCACAGUGGCGGGAACGGUUGGGGCCAAUCCUCCAAAGCCCCAGCAGACAUCACACCCACCCCUGCCUCAGAGACCUACUGAAACCCUAGGCGCCACCGCUACCCUGGCCACCCCACAGGCUCCCACCCAUGCAACAACCCCAGUACAAUUCCCAUCCUUAAACCCAACCCCAACUGCCAGCGCACAGGCCUGCGCCACAAGCCCAGUCCACUUCCCAACCACAACCCCGGUUCAGUUCCCAAACACAACCCCGGUCAACUUCCCAUCAGCAGAGCCACCGACACAGAUGUCCUCUGAUACCGCAUCAAGUCAGCAAAACACAGAUGACAAAGAUGGACCUAAACAUGUCUUCUCCUUUUCUUGGCUGAACAACCAGAAGUAGAUUAUCAUCUUACCUCAAGACUAUAAUGAAAUUGUUGUAAUACUACAUUGUUUUGAUUGAGUCAGCAUCCUGCUGCAGGAACGGUUUAAAUAAGUACUCUGUUACCGUUGAAUAACUGUAAUUUAUCUGUAAAUGCUCUCUAGCACUUACAGUAUAUUCGUCAUACUGUGAAAACAAACGUCAUUGGGCAGAUAUUUGAUUUGAGAAAGCUGGCGUAAUUUGGCACACCUUCGUGCAAUAGAUUUACGGUCGAAAUGUAUUUAGACACUCAAUUUAGGCUACACAGCAAGCAAUAAAUGUAACUUUUAAACUUGUUUAUUACAAAUAUAAAUAUUAGACAUUCUCUUGCACAACAAAUGUGAUUGGUUGCUCAUAUUGUAUUUUAUUAUCAAACUUUAACCAGUUGUACAAUGAGAAGGAAUUUCAGAAAGAGAUGAUGAAUGUGUGACUAACAAUAUAUACAAAAUAUGUUAUGCUUGAAUAUAAAUUAAUACAAUUAAAGGAUAUUUGUUCAGUUUCA